UCUUUUUUUUCCUUCUCUUCAUCAUAUCAUCUCAUCAAAUAAUAAUAAUAAUAAUGCUGCUGAGAAGUUCAAUUUCCAGCACCAAGAAGUUCUUCCAAAAAACCAUAAAGAACUUCAAAUCUUUCUUCUCUCCUCCGGAAUACUACCAAAGGCUUCCAAAAUCGCCGCCGCGGCCGCCUCACCACAAUAACCAUAACCCCUUCUCUUAUCCCUUGGACAUGGACACCAACACCACCACAAGUUACCAAGAAUUGGGCUUGGAUCAUCAUCAUCAUCACAAUUACUACAACAGUGAUUUCAAUGAGGAAUGGGACAAUUCAGAACAAGAGAAGAAAGCAAUAAUAGUAAAGAGAUCAAAACAAGCAGAAAAGAAGAAGAAUCAUCAUAAUGAGGAAUAUGGCAACAGAAAUCAGAAGAAGAAAGAUUGUUCAUCAUUCAUAGUGGAAGAGAAGCUGAGGGAAUUGGAGAUGUUGGACAUAAGCAAUGUGGAAUAUGUGCUUGACAUUGAAGAGGUUCUUCACUACUAUUCAAGACUCACUUGCCCUGCAUACCUUCAAAUUGUUGAUAGCUUCUUCAUGCAAAUCUAUUCUGAGUUCUUUGCUCCUCCACUAAUUAUUUAACAUCAUCAUCAUCAGUGACGAGUUUAAUUUCUUCUUUACUAUAUGGCUUUAUAUUUGUCAUAUAUCUUUCCUUUAACUUGUUUUGAAUUUACCCUUUUCAGAUUGUUUUAUUGG